GAGAUUUUACAAAUAUAAUUUUUUUUUACAAAUGAUUGAGUUUCGUGCUGAGUCAGUGGAAUGAGUUCUCAAUUCUCCUGCUAGUCACCAUCCACCAAUUAAAUACUCGAUACCCCUAGUUAAGAUUUAUUGUUCUCAGCGUAAUUUUGUUUUUUGUGUGAUAAAUUGUAGUGUCACUACUACUGUUAUAGAGUAAAUCUCACUUCAUAUUUUUCUUUUUGUUUCCUGAAUUUUUAUUCUUCGGUUAAAUUUUCACAGCUUUAUGAACUGCCUGCUUCUCAGCCAAUAUGUAAUAUUUUAUCAGAUUUCUUAGAAAGUUCUGAGGCGGAAAUGAUUAAAUCGGAAUCAACUCGUGAAAUAAACAACUAUACUUCUUCUGAAUCUGAGAACACUCAACUGAGCACUAACGUACCAAUAGACCCGGGUGUACGGCGUGAAUUUGUUUAUGGAAUUCAGUAUCUUUUCAAUCAUACUAUUGGUUCUCAUCUUUUAUACAAAUUCGAGAGAUUACAAUACGCUAAGCUAUUGAAACAGCAUACAGGCAAGAGAAUGUCAGACAUUUAUGGGUCAAUUCACUUGUUGAGGUUGUUUGUUAAACUCCGAGACAUGGUUUCAUUCGUCCGAGUCGAUGAUGAUAGUUUGCCUAUGCUAGAAGCUUUAGUUGCUGAGUUUUUGCAGUUUCUGAAACAAAAUGAAACCCGUUACUUCCGAAUCGAGGAUUACAGUGUGGCGACAGCAGAAUACCAACGAAGAGCAAUGUGUUAAAUGCGCAUAUAACUAACUGUCACCGUUUUAAGAAAAGAAUUGAUACGUAUUCUCUGAAAUAUAAUGUAUAAUAUAAUUCCAUCUUAGUCCGUUUAUUAGAUGUAUCACACGGUCACAGAAACAGUAUUAGUAUUUACUGGAUGACAAAGUUUUGAACACAAUUCACUUAUUGUUCAUAAUCAUAUCAUCAAUUAUAAUCACACGACUUCGAAACUUGAGUUUUAUAGUUUUCUUUGUCCUCUCCUAUUUGUCGUCGUUGGGGUAGUAGAAUUUUCCAGAUAUCUGGGUGGACAGGUGUUGAAUCAUUCCCAAUAACACGUAUUUGCAGUUGGUUCGAUAAUCAAAGCUUCCGUUAUCAAGCGCUCCCUCCCCACACCCUGUGGCAAAAGUCAAAGUGACAAGGUACACAAGAACUGUGUUUAGGAAAUCCGUGAUGAGACCUUGUAACGGGAUGGUGGUCUUCGUAAGUGUAUGAUCUGACGAUUGGCUUUCGUCUGGAUGAUACUAUUUCCAAUUUGACUGACUAUCUUAAAUUCUGUCUUGAUAUAUGCUGUCCAAAACAGAUAAUUUUCAAAAGAAUGGAUCGUUUUUCUUCCCCUCAUCUCAAAAAACUUCGUAGAGAAAAAGAGAAGCUGUACAAGACAAAGAAUAAAUCUGGUCUUAAGAAGAUAAACACCCAAAUUAAAUCUGAAAUCAAGAGACUAAACAACAUUUAUAAUCAAACAAUACUAUCUUGUAAAACAUCAGAAAACAUAUGGAAGCUUUUUAGAGAAAUUACUGGUUGUGGUAAGCAUAAUAAUUUUGCCUCUUCUAUUGAUGUAAAUACUCUCAAUCGAUCUUUUGUCCGCCCUCCAAAUGUCAUUUCUGCCUUCAAUUUAACUAAUAACACGACCAGUGACUUUCAUCGUUUCAAUACAUCUGAUGUUCUUAAAUGUUUGAAAUCUCUUAAACCUUCCCAGAGUCUAGGCCCUGAUGGUAUACCUGCCAUUGUCUUAAAGAAAUGUGCUGAUAUUUUAAGUAACCCACUUACAAGCAUUUUCAAUACUUCUUUUUCUCAUAAUAAUGUACCUUCUCUGUGGAAAGAUAUUAAAAUCAUCCCUGUACCCAAGUCUGGUUCUGGAGAUAAUGUUAAGUUUAGACCAAUUGCCAUUACCUCUCCUUUCUUGAAACUGAUGGAGAAAUUACUCUUACAAAAACUCAUUCCCUCCCUAAGCUUCUCAAAUGAUCCAAAGCAGUUUGCUUACAAACAGGGUAGAAGUACUUUGGAUGCUGCUGCAGUGUUUCAUCACAACAUUGUAUCCUCCUUAGACAAAGGGGCCAAGUAUGUCCGUUGUACUUUCCUUGAUUACACAUCUGCUUUUGACUCUGUACCUAGAGGCCUUUUGUUAAACAAGCUUAGCCUUACACAAACUGAGUCCUGGGCUAUCAACUGGCUGCACUCUUACUUCUCCAAUAGGAUGCAGUACACGAUAUAUAAUGGUGUAGCUUCCUCUCCUUUGCUUACUGAAGCUGGUGUUCCUCAGGGUGCUGUUCUCUCGCCGUUUCUCUUUUCCUUCUUCUUACAUGACUUACCUCUCUCAGACGAAAUCAACUUCGUCAAAUAUGCAGAUGACCUGACUGUUUCGCUUCCCGUUAAGUCUCAGUCAGACUGCUUCAAAUUAAAUAGCUUCCUGUCGGACAUCAGUCAGUGGUCUAAAAUAAAUGGCCUAACGCUGAAUCCCUCAAAAUGCCAGACUGUCGACUUCUCCUUUAGGCAUAAACGAGAUCUACAAACACUAGUAAGCACUCAUGAUGUCUGUAGAAUCGAGGGGACUAUAAUUGAAACAAAGUCUAAUGCAAAAUACCUCGGAUUAGUUAUAUCUUCCGACCUUACUUGGUCAUCUCAUAUCCAAAUGAUUUCCAAGAAAGUGUUUCGUCUAACCUACUACAUUAAGAAACUCAGACUAACUGGAGUCCCUCAACCUCUGCUUACACAAUUUGUCAACUCUCGUAUCCUACCUAUUCUACUUUACUGUUCCCCGUUAGUCUUUCCUGGGUUACUGAAAAAGGAUUAUACCAUCCUGAGAAGGAUGUUGAAGGUAGUUAGCAGGACUAGCGGUGUAAAACUCAGUCAGCUCGUCACAACAUUAGUGGAUAAGCAUCUGAAUACAUGUGAGAAAUGGUCUAAAACCAUACUCUCUGACCCCCAACACCCCCUCUAUUCCCAACUCUCUCCCUGCAUCUCAUCAAGUAGAACCAGAAAUCAGUAUAAAAUAAUAUAUGCUCGCACAACCAAGUAUAGGAACUCAACGAUACCAUAUUUGGCCCGUGUUCUAAGUGACAGAGACAAUGUUAGGCGUGAAACCUAUGACUUGCUUUGUUGUUAAUAACAGAAUUUUGGCCCUUGUUUUUUUCCCCCUUACACUCUCUUAUUUGUACUCUAUAGUGAACAACCUUCUUAAACAUACUUAGCUGCUUAAAAUUAUUAUCAUUGGCUUACAUUUUUAUUCUUUAUUCUACUCCUUCUUUGUACAUCUACUGGGUCCGACUAUAUUAUCACUAUGAUUAUUAAAAAUUGUUCCGUCAUUAACCAUCAUGUAACAUUAGUUUUGUGGUUGUUCUUUGUUCGGCACUAUUUAACUGACAAUCUUGUUUGUUAUUGCCACUAUCACCAUCUUAAAAAUUUUGUAUUAUGCAUGAUUCCUCACACUGCCACUACAAACAACCGCAUUAGUACUGACAAAAAAAAACCUGAAAUGUUUAUCUUAUGAUUGCUUAGUGUUGUUCAAUCAAAUUAACUGAUCAUCUUGGCUAUAAACAUUUUUUUAAGAACAUUUCAUAAUUUCCCGUAUGAUUAUAGCUGUUACUGUUCACCACGCAUACACAUAUCAUAGCUUCCACUAACUAAUACUGAAAUAUUUUUUUUCAUUAUUUGUGUUCGUCUUCUUUUUUACUCAGUAUUUUUAUUUGCAUUUUUUUUGGUUAUUUCUGUUUCUUUUUUUUGGUUUUUAUUAUAUUUUAUUUUUUUUUAUAAUACUCCUUUUAAAUGUACGAUGAAAUUAGAUGCAAUAUUGUAGAUAUGUGCUGAAAAUUCCACACUGUACCACAAGUACUGUUUCUGGAAUAAAGCGAAAUUGUUAUGUUAUGUCAUCUUCCUUCAUGAUUCAUGAGACAACUGGGUUUAUAUUCAUAGGUCGAU